AUGCCACGCGCCGUCCGAGGUCUACUGAUCGAAUGCGAUCCCUCAAUCAAAUCCAUGAUCCUCAAGUACGAUGAAGAACGACAUGACUACAUAGUGGAGGAUCUGGAUGACGAGAACCAUCUGGUCAUCAAGGAGAGCCAACUUCAGAACCUCAAGAUUCGCCUGGAUCAGGACCUUGACGAAAAGAUCAUGCAGCUCGAUGAAUCUGAAUCCGAAUAA